AUGGAGUUCACUGUGAUCUGCUCAACCAUGAGACCACUGGACGUACUUGAGGAGAUUGUUAAAAUGAAAGCCUUCCCAUUUUCCCUACAGGAUGCUGCCAAGGAGUGGCUGUUUUCACAGCAUAUACCUAUAACCAGCUGGGGAGACAUGAAGAGAAAAUUUCUGGAACGAUUUUUUCCAGCAUCCAGAACAGCAACAGUGAGAAAGGAGAUCAGUGGCAUUAGGCAGCUGCCUGGAGAGAACCUGUUUGAGUAUUGGGAGCGCUUUAAUAGACUGUGUUCCACCUGCCCCAACCACCAGAUCAAUGAACAGCUGCUGCUGCAGUACUUUUAUGAAGGGUUGCUGCCUCAAGAAAGAAACAUGAUAGAUGCAGCAAGUGGAGGCACUCUCAUGGAUAAGACACCUUCUACAGCAAGGAGUUUAAUUGCAAACAUGGCUGAAAACUAUCAACAGACAUACACAAGAGGUGGUAGCAGCAAAGGAGUCCAUGAGAUGCAGCUGAAUGCAAUCUCUGAUGCAGUGAAGAACAACAUUUUCAAUGGAAACAACAUGCUGCUGGGGAAUAAGAUAUUGGAGUUGAUUGAAUUAAUGAGGCAAAUGACUCUUGGAGGCCAGGUAAAUGCAGUUAGGAGACACUGUGGGCUGUGUGCAUCAGACCAACACUUCACUGACCAAUGUGCUCAACUUCAAGACACCACUGGAGCUGAAUCAGUGGCAGCUGCGUUCCAGAACCAGCAAGGCAGCUUUAGACAGAAUAAUCAGCCAUGGCAGACCCACAAUCAACCACAACAUUACAACCAUGCUUCUAUCUCACAACAUCAGGGGUGGAGAAAUAUGAUGAAUCCAAGAUAUGAGCCUCCUCCAUAUAAUCAACAGAGUGGACAACAGCCAAAUGGGUUGAUCCAGAACAUGAACUAG